AUGGCAGAAGAACAACCUAUAAAGAAAGUAGAAAUAGAAGAAACUAAAAUAAACCAAGAUAAUUCAGUUGAAUCUAAAAAAGUUGAAGUUUCAAAUAAAGAAAUACCUAAAAAAAAUGAAGACGAUUUAGAUGAUUUAGAUGAUUUACUAGAUGAUUUUGCAGAUGAUGUUUUAAGUAAACCGCCCGGUUCAACAAUUGAUGAAUCAACAAAAGAAACUAAAAAAGAAGAGAAAUCAGGUUCAGAUGUUUUAAAUGCUGAUUAUCAACAAUCUAUAAAUGAAUUAAUUAAAGAUUUAAAAAUUGAAGAUACUCAAACUCAACAACAGUUUGAAGAAUUAGUUAAACAAUUUGAAUUAAAUCAUAGAGAAGAAGUUGAAAAAGAAGAGAAAAAACCACAUAAUUUUGAAUAUGUGAUGAAGGAAACAAUGGAAAGAUUGAAAAAAAGUGGUGAAACAGUUGAUGAAAAAAUUAAAAAUGAUCCGCUUGGUUCUAAUCCAGAAGAUUUAUUAGGUCAAUUAUUAUCUGGUGUUGGUGGUAAUGGUGAAGGUGGAGAUAUGGAUAUGAGUAAAUUAUUAGUUGAUAUGUUGGACCAAUUAAGUUCAAAGGAAGUUUUAUAUGAACCAAUUAAAGAUUUAAAUAAUAAGUUUCCAAAAUAUUUACAAGAUAAUAAGGAUAAAUUAUCUGAAGAUAAAUUUAAAAAUUAUAAUAAACAAUAUGAGUUAACAAAUGAUAUAUUAAAAAUAUUUGAAAAUCCACAAUAUUCAGAUUCAAAUAAAUCUCAAAGAGAAGAAAUUAAUACAUUAUUAGAGUCAUUACAAGAAUUAGGUCAACCCCCAACUGAAUUAGUUGGAGAUUCUGGUGAUUUCUUACCUGGUUUAGGUGGUGGUAAAAAUGAUAAUUUUGGAUUUAAUGAAAAAGAUUUACCACCAGAUUUUGAAAAAAAUUUACAAGAAGGAUGUCAACAACAAUAA